CUUGGUGUCUGGGCCAAAGCAGGAAGGAGGUGGGGAAUAGGGGUCCAGCGCCAGCGCGGAGACAGCAAUCCAGGCCGGACCAAGGGAUCAAAGCUGGUGGCGCUUUUCGAGCAUCCUCUUUACAACAUCCCUGUCCCGGAGGUGAUGGAGAAAGACAAGCUGUUUGUCGUCAACCCCAUGGAGAAGUUCAGCCUGCGCAGCAGCGGGAGUGACGAAUGGGUCAGCAGCAGUAAAGCCGAGACGCUCCUCCCGACAGGGAAGACGGCCUAUGACACCUACCCCACCUGGCUCAAAUUCCACGUUGGCAUCAACCGCUUUGAGCUGUACCCCCGCCAGGACCCCCUGAUGCCCACCCUCCUCCAGGACUUGGCCACGCAGAGGAUUGUCAGCUCAGUCCAGAAGUCCGGCGGGACCCAGCUUAAGCUCAUCAUGACGUUCCCAAAUUACGGGCAGGCCCUCUUCAAGCCCAUGAAACAGACCCGGGACCAGGAGACCCCCAUCGACUUCUUCUACUUCUCAGACUUUGAGCGGCACAACGCGGAGAUUGCAGCCUUCCACCUGGACAGGAUCCUGGAUUUCCGGCGAAUCCCCCCAGUUUCUGGCCGUUUGGUCAAUAUAACAAAGGAGAUUCGUGACAUCACGACAGACAAGAAACUGGCCAAGACUUUCUUCAUCUCCCCAGCGGGCAACGUCUGCUUCUACGGGGAGUGCUCCUACUACUGCUCCACUGAGCACGCCCUCUGCGGCAAGCCAGACCGGCUGGAGGGCUCCAUGGCCGCCCUGCUGCCCGACAAGACCUUGGCCAAGCGCCGCUCCUGGCGCAGCCCCUGGCGCCGCUCCUACCACAAAAGCAAGAAGGCUGAGUGGGAGCUGAACCCCAACUACUGCGCACAGGUGCGAGCGACGCCACCCUAUGACAGGGGCCAUCGCCUCCUCGACCUCAUUGACAUGACGGUCCUCGAUUUCCUCAUGG